AUGGCAACUAUCCGAAAAACUAGAAAACCCAAAACUAAUAGCUUUACCUUCAUUUUGGAUCAGAUCCUCAAUAAAUAUAACCUAUCAGCCGAAUCAAACCCACUUCAAUUACGUGCUCAUGCCGAUGAGCUUGGUACUAUGCUACCAGAUUGGAAGGCUCGUAAAGAUGUGAAAGAGGCUCUUCGCCGGCGCCUAUUCAAAAACAAUCAAAUAGAAGCUCUU